GCCCGCCUCUCUGCCUGAUCAAUUUCUUGACUUCCUCCUUUUGGAGGGGAUGAUAGAGCCCAGGCUAUGGUUGGUGGUGCUCUCAGUUUCACAGCGACAGCAGCAGCAGCAGCAGCAGCAGCAGCAGCAGCGGAGACGACACACUCUGCAGUCACAAUGAGUGCUGGAGAUGUGGUUUGCACCGGAUGGCUCAUCAAAUCCCCCCCAGAGAAGAAACUAAAAAGAUUUGCAUGGAGGAAACGAUGGUUUGUACUACGCCGAGGUCGGAUGAGUGGAAAUCCCGAUGUGCUGGAGUACUAUCAGAGUAAGAACUCCAAAAAGCCAAUUCGCACUAUUGACCUGAGGGAGUGUGAGGUGGAAAUGCUGAACGGGCAGCUCAGAAUCAAGAGGGACUUCCAUGGAAAGCACCUCUUCGUGGUAAAGACUUCCUUCCGCAUAUUUUACCUUGUUGCCAAAACUGAAGAGGAGAUGAACAGCUGGAUCACAAGCAUCACUCAGAUAUGCCAUCUUGGCAACUUAGAAGACGCAGAAAGCUCAGAGGAAGGUUUCCCACAAACACCUACUUCUCUUCAGCAGUCAACAGACAGCUCAGACAUAACAUCUGUAUCAAGCCAGCUGGACUUUGGUCAUCCGCUGGACUACCUAUUUCUGUCACAGUGUGAGACAGGGAGUCUGAGCAGACACAACAGCUUUUCAAACUCUGAAGUGUCUUUGGAGUUGAAGACCUCAGAUGAUGCUUUCAGAGACGUUGUACCCUCACCGCUCUACCCCAGCUCCUCUCAGCCCAUCUGUCCUCCCAACACCAGUCCAUCACCGUUUCAUCAGGGAUGUUUGAUAAACCCCCCUCUCACUCCUCUGUCCACCCCCGUCAUCUUACCUUCAUCCUCCUCCUCUCCACUUCGUCACUGUGCAGCCAGUGUUUUUAAAUUCGAUAAACCCAACUCUUCUCCACUGUUGGAGGCCACGGGACAGAGACAAACGCCUCCUCCGCUGCCCCCUAAGUCUAAUCAGUUGUCGGAGCACCUGAGUGAUGAAUCCAAUCACAAACCGAGGGCAAUAAGUGUGCAACGUUUCUCAGGCCAUACAGUUUUUCUUUCCCGAAGAACAUCUUUGUCAAGCUUGGACCAUUUCAAAACAGAUGCCGAGAACAGGUUGAUCAGAAACAGGAGGCAGAGUCUAAACUUGCCCUGUUUCGGUACCUCACCUGUUGAAAGCAACCAGGACGAGUCCUAUGUCCCCAUGUCUUCCCCUUCUACUCCUGUUGAAACUGAUGGGUAUAUCCCAAUGUGCCCGAGGACGAACACCUUUAUUAACAAUAGCUGCAGCAUGGAUCAGACCUCAUCCCUUAGCUCACUAAUAUGUCAAGCAGAAGAUCUGGCUCCACCUCCAAUUCACCGGCACCUCAAACCUCGAUUGAGAAAAGCUCGUCCACCGCCCCUCGACCUGAGGGGCCUUUCUACAAUCACAGAGUGCCCCACUAAUUUCCCUUUGAGCAGAACAGUGUCUGAAACUGGUUGCAGCUUCUCAGCAAAUCAUGUCCUCCUCGAAAGAAAACAUGAAAAUACAGACAAGCUGAGAGAUUUUGAGAUAAACCACAUUGCAAUGGAGGCAAGGCAACAGUUCUUUUUCACGUCAGAUGGAGCAGUACCCCCCCGGGGUAGGCCCUCAAACCUUGACUAUUUGUCCCUGGAUUUCAAUUCUGCGUCUCCUUCACCUGUUCAGAAGAAACCCUUCUUGUCAGAUGAGCACAAAGUGGAUUAUGUGCAGGUGGAUGAAAAGAAGACUCAGGCCCUGCAAAACACGAAAAUGGAGUGGACAGAUGUCCGUCAGUCAAAGUCAUAAAGAAGAUGUGAAAAAUAGCUUCCACAGCAAUAGAUAGUUACACCAGCAGACAUUUGCAUGCCUUUCUACUUCAGCUAUCAAAAUAAACAUUGACAGAGUAUAGGCACACAAGUGAACAAACUAUAGUUAAUAAUUAAUGACAUUGUGAAUUGUACAUUUCAUUUGAAGCCAAAACAUUUUUAUUGUAAAUAUUAUCAGAUUGCACACUGUUUGGAACAGUUGUACCUAGUGGAUAUUGCCAGGAUGAAGGCAUCAUAUAACUUUAUUGUUUAAAAAGUUGCUGUAAAUGUUAUUUUAUUUUAUCUAAAAAAAGACUUCCACAAAGACUUUUUUCCUUCUCUGUGUGUACCCCAAAGAGUAAAUGAUCAAUUUUGGUGCUUCCACAACACACCACAACCAGAGUGGGAUUGGAACCUACAAUCCUGAGAUAACGAGUCUGAACCUCUUACCCCCAGGUGGCGUAUUACAGUUUUUAAAGUAAUUUCUGGCCACUUAGCAACAGUGAUACUAUUUAUACAACUAUAACUAUAAGCAUUAAGGAAAUAACAAAGAUGGUAAUUUGCCUCAGCAUUGAUGAAUCAAAACAACAAAAGUUGUAUGCUACCCUUCCUAACUCAAGGAUCGGGGGUUAUAAAAGAAGGGUUUGUUUGAACUGGGAAACUACUUCAUGGCAGACAUGGCAGAGUUCGAUCUCGUCGCCCCCUCCCCCCGCACCGUCCCGAAUAAAUUAUUUACACAACAAA